GUCCAAUGUGCUCCUCAUAGGCUGGAAAGUAUGAAGAGUCUCUCAAACACCUUGAAGCCUUGCAGGAACUCAACAAAGAUGACUACAAAAUUGCCAUGAAUAGAGCUGUUGCAGAAUUUUAUAUAAGUGGUCAAACUACGACGGCCACAUUAAAGCAGACCCUCAUGGCAAUGAAGAAUCGGCUUCACACAACAGCAGAAGAUGUUGAUGGGUUGGAUGAUGUUGAGAAUAGUUUUCUGUACUAUAAUCAAGCCAUCAUUCACUACCACAUGCGACAGUACUCUGAGGCCAUCUCUAUAGGAGAGAAGCUGUAUCAGUUUCUUGAACCAUUUGAAGAGAAAUUUGCUCAAGGGGUGUGCUUCCUGUUGGUGGAUCUCUACCUGGUGACGUUCCAGCCAGAGAAGGCGCUUCAUCUGCUGGCUGUUCUGGACAAAAUCUCUGUACAGGGAAACAACAAGAAUGGCAAAGGAGAGGUAGCUUACUACACUGUCAAACAAAAAAAGAAGCAUUGUAUUGUUGGUGGGAGUGUGUGUAAAUUUCACCUGUAAAACAGUUUAAUAUGU